AUGGGUGAAACAAAAGUGAGAAGAGCAAGCGUAGGAAUUCCCAAGAGUACGGGUAAUGGAACCCUCAAAGCUUUUGAUCCAUCAUUUCUUGUGCAGCUCCCAAACAAGCUUCAAGAUUGUGUUAAGUCACAACUCAAGAAAUUAGUAAAAGUUGGUGAAGGCGAAAACUUAGUGAGAAAACAGAAAGGAUCAUCUGCUGCUACUUCUGCCGCUGUUGCUCCUGCUCCUGCAUUGGGGAUUGAUUUGGAGAAGCAAUUGCAAGCUUGGAGAGAAAAUCCUGCCUGGACUGAUCUACUUCCACAAAUAAAGGUCAGUGUACCAAGAGGUUCUCUCUGCAACCUCAAUGCUAAAGUCGAUAUCGGGUUGCCUCCAGAUGCAGUGUAUAAUAUUGUGACUGACCCAGAUAAUAGGAGAGUUUUCAAAAAUAUCAAGGAAGUGAUAUCCAGGAGAGUUUUGCUUGAUGAAGGUGACAGGCAGGUGGUUGAUGUAGAGCAAGCUGCUAUCUGGAAAUUUCUUUGGUGGUCUGGGACUAUAUCAGUUCAUGUUUUGGUUGAUCAGAACAGACAAGAUCACUCAAUGAAGUUCAAGCAAGUGAAAACUGGGUUCAUGGAAAGAUUCGAAGGCUACUGGAAGGUGGAACCUCUAUUUGUUGAUGAAGCAAUCUGCUAUCCAUUCAAACCUAAAACAUUGGCAGACUAUUGUUCAUGUACAAGAGGCAAAGGAAGGAUAGGGUCAAAGGUGAGCUUGGAUCAGUUAAUCCAACCAGCAAUUGUUCCACCACCACCAAUUUCCUGGUACCUAAGAGGAAUCACCGCCAGGACUACUGACAUGAUUGUAAAUGAUCUGGUUGCUGAAGCAGGCAGAAUCAGGGCAGGUUUUGAUACUGAGAAAUGUGAAGAGUGGAGCUUAUAUGAUGAUAAACAACGUGACAAGUCAUCUAACAUUAAAGAAAGAUGGGCUCUACAUAGGAGAAAUGCAAAGAAGUUUCGUAGAAAAUUGGUGACUGCUGAAAGAUCAUCUUUAGUUUCGAGCAACCGUUAA